AUGCUUUUGAAGCAUUUAAAGUUGUUCGUGGGCAUUGUUCAGCUCAUAACUGCUUGUUCUUCACUUUCUAUGAGCGAGUUUUAUCCUUAUGGAGUAGGCAAUGGCGACACUGAACUUCCGGCAAAUGAUGAUGGUAGUUCUGGAGAAAUACCGAUUUCUAUUCUCUUUCCGUAUUUCGAUCGGAACCAUGAUUCCCUUUUCGUAAGUACUGUUGUCUCUUUAAUUUACUGGUUUUAAGUAAUUUUUUACAUUGAAGCCGUAGCUUCAGCUGUAGCUUCACCCCCUGAACCUCUGAGUCUCCGAUUGUUAGCGUGACGAUUCGAGCUAUAAAUCACGAUUUUUGUUUGUUGGUUGAUUUUUUUGAUUUAAAGUUUGUUUUUUAAGCAUCAUUCACAGAGUUAGAUGCAUAUUCCUCUUACUUCCUUAGCAUCGGUGAAUUAUGUUAAAACUUCGCAUUUUUAGUUUAUUUCAUCAAUCUAUAACCGAAAGCGAAAAAAAACGUUGACUAAAAGGGUAUCUUGUGCUGUGCCUCAUGCAAAUGUCGACAAUUAGCAUAAGUUGCUUACACCGAAAAAUUACUUAGUGUACGUGAUUACCAUGGCUUAUGAGAUAACGCAUAAAUGUGUUCUAGAAAACGACGACCAGACAACUACUACAAAGUCGUCGUUAGAACAAUUUUUGAACGAACGAUAGGGCUUGCAUAUGUAAUGAUGUUUUUGUCGAAGAGAGGUCACGUUUUUCAUAUUUUACUUAAUUUAUUCAUGCCAUACUUUUCACAGAGUUAAGACUUUUUUUUGCACACCACAUGUUUUUAAGUUGAUUAUCUCACAGCGCAUGUCAUAUAAGUGACACGGUAUACUGUGUGUUUAGACGAAGCGUGAUCAAAUGGAUUAAAUCGACUGCAUGAUAUCAUAGAUAGAAAUUCAUAGGUAUCGCCACUUUCAUUUGUACACGUGACCCAACACUGGAUUAGCUUCGUGGAAAAAUAUAGCAUUUCUAAUUUGUCAUCUAUAAAAAGCUCUAAAAAAACUUGUUUAACGUACUGACAAAUGGCGCCUUAUAAAACGUAGUUUGGUGAUACAAUCAAUAAGAAGUCGAAAGUAAGUAAUGGCCGUUUUAUAUUAGACUGGUGUAGGCAAAAGUCAUUAUUAUGCGUCUCGAGUGGGCUUUUUUCUAUUCAAACAUUUUUUUGUCAAAACUAGCAGAAAAUUUUCCAUAAACCGCCGCUUAUAAGGUCACCCAGUUAUAAGCCCCCCACCCUCCAAGUUAUCGGCACCUGUAAACGAAAAAGUAUACAUCCCAUAUUGUAUGCCGCCCUCGCCCCCCGGGAUUUAAGACCCAUCCAAAUUAUGACGUUUUCAGUGCAGCUUAAUGAAAAAAAAAAACGUCUUUUGAUCCAGUCCCAGAUCCAGACCUUGAGAUAAGGGAGAGGGGGGGCGGUCAUCCAGACCCUUAGAAAAAAGAGGGGGGCGGUCUCCAAAACGAUUUUUUUCGGCCCUUCGGGCCUCAGUUUGGUCUAAAAAUUAGGGGACUGCGGGGUCUCCCCUCGAUGCGCCACUGUGAUCAGCAUUGCUAUAGCUUGUUUCGAAUUAGGGCUUUUUCUAUUCCUUUUUUAAGUAGUCCUAGGGCUUAUAAGCUAUAAUAAAUGAAUAAUAACUUUAAUAGUAACAUCCUCGUGAGGUUUUUCAGGAACUAUUUACAAACUAUUUACAAUUUAUAAAAGCAAAAAUGACAAUAAAAAACUCGAAAUCACAAUUUAUGAUGCAGGCAGUUUAUGGUAUGGGAAUACACCAGUGUCUCUGGUCUUGAAUUGAAUCUCUCCUCUGUUUGUUCUUUAGGUGAACACUAAUGGGGUAGUGUCAUUUUUAGUAGCAGUAAGUCAAUUCACCCCAGAUCCCUUCCCUCUGGGGGAUCAGCGACGCCUCAUCUCACCAUUCUGGGGCGAUGUGGACACAAGAAAGGGAGGGACUGUAUUCUAUCGGGAGAGUACAGAUACUUUGCUGUUGCAGCGAGCGACUGCUGAUAUUCGCCGGGCGUUCGUAAUUCAUCAAAAGUUUACGGCAACGUGGAUUUUUAUUGCAACCUGGGACAGAGUUGCCUUCUACGGAGCUAGUGGGAGCAUGCAGAGUAAGGUAUGGUCGGUUACACUACUUGAGGUCUUAUGUAUUGAAGAGUCUUCCCACAAGAAGUGAGCUAGCCUGUUCCAGGCUCCAAGAUAGUGGUGUGUCCGACGUGGUUACGCGAAAUAUCGACUACCAAGCUUUGCAACUUGCAAUUGAUCUCACGCAGAUGAACAAGAGUUUUCCCUGAAGCGCACUUAUAGAGCGUUUUCAUGCAUAUGACAUCACGGCCGCGAUAUUGGUGUUCCAAAACAUUCCUGUGGGAGUCGAACUCUUUUCUUAUGUAAACACUUUCUUUUGUUCCAAUAACUUUGCAUAGGCGCUGGACACGUGAGUGAAAACGCUCUAUUAGAAAGCCGUUUUAGUAUUUAAACGCAAUUUCGUGAAAUUGGGCGUAACCUGGAGAUACCUGUUUUGUCUUCUGUUUUAGGUUAACACCUUUCAAACGAUUUUGGUUACAAAUGGACGCCAUUCUUUUGCAAUAUUUAAUUACAAUCUGAUUAUGUGGACAACUGGGACAGCAAGCGGCGGAAGUUCUGAAGGUUUGGGUGGCACACCCGCCCAGGUAAGAAAACCUGUGUCCUUCUGCCUCGUCCCCAGUAUUCCUUUCUGCUCAUGCGCACGGUUUGUAGCCGGCGCUUCAGACGAAACUAAACCUCUGGUUAAGUCCGUCCGUAGCUCGCUCCCAACUGUGUACCCGGAUUUGAUUAAGCGCCAUGAUUGGCCCGUUAAAAUGUUUAAUUGGCAAAUCAGGCUGAAGGGAAAUUCGAAACUCUUUUCUGGUAAUUCGUUGUGUCCAUUGAGGGCCUAGGACAAGGGUCUCGGCGCUCCUUUGCAGACGUUACUAGCUUGGGUUGGAUUACAUCUGCGACGCUGGCUACGGUGCCCGGUACCCUUUAUGCUUUUGCAUCCUUCCCAUAAUACCCUGCGUUUUUAGGUUUUCGCGUUUGUUACAUUUUCUUCUGACAUAAAGUAUUAGCUGCGAAAUUGAUGAGAAAUUUCCAUAUAAUCGCUGGUGUUGAGGUAAUCUCAGGCAGGAAUCUGGAAUUCUUUGUUUUCGUUGAAAUAUCGCGCAAGAAAGUAACGUGUGGCGGUUGUAAUAGGCAUGUCUUAAGGUUGACAGUGACCUUAAAAAUCCUGUAAAGGGUACGUCCUUUAAGUUUGUGACAGAAGACCGUGCACGAAGAUAGUAUAUUGUAAACCGAUUACAAAGUCUUAAUACCAGCUGUACCACUAACACCAGUGACAAUCUUCCUUGAGCUUGGUGUAAAUCAAUGCAUGGCGUAACCUUGCGGAUCGUAUUAAGGAUAACGUGUGUGAAUAUUCUCUCGAAUUAAUAAUCCAUGCAGCUAAGGUUUUCAACUUUUGCAUCACAGGCCGGCUUCAACGCUGGAGAUGGGAUUAGAUUCUUUCAGAUAAAUGGCUCAAGAACCAGCGACAUUCUCAAUCUCCCAUCCACUUCAAACGUGGCUCUUCCAGGGCAGUGGAUAUUCCGAACUGAUGAGGCUAGUGUUGAAGCUGGAGGAUGCAAUACUAAAGGUGAAGCUUUCUUAAUACAUUGCAGAGUGCUUGGAUAUUUCUCUUAGAGGGAUUGCAAUUGAUAUACCACAAGGAACUAUUUUUUAGGGUGAUAAGUCCUUUCUUGGGUAUACUGCGAGCCGUCUCUUGUUUUUCUUUUGAAUCAUUAUUGUAGAUCAAGAGCAAGCGUGAGGGGCGAGCGGGCGAGGAACUAGGGCCCAUUAAUUGGCAUAGUUUUACUAUUUCACUCGCCGCGCGUGCCCUGAGGAAAGAAGGACGACCGCUCACGGUCUAUUUCAGGGGCACGCUCACAAGCACCUGUCUCAGAAACCAACGCUUCUUGUACUGAUGUCGAUAUUCUAGACAAGAGACCAUUUUGCAUACUCAGUAUACUCCAUUUCUUAAAACCCUGUUUAUUGUUAUUUAAUUACCUCCUUUAUUUACACCAAUAGGUUCUCUCACCAUUUCUCCUCGAUCUGGGAUUAUGCUGGGAGGAACAAACUUGAAAAUGAGUGGACCUUGUUUCAAACAGAAUGACAACAUAGUUGUGCAGUUUGACGGCAACGUCAAUAUCAAUGCAACGUUUGGAACCGAAAUUCAGUCUUCCGUUACCGUGCCUGUUCUGAACAAGACUGGAAGAGUACCCAUCAAAUUGUCUGUGGAUGGUGGGAAUUCCUUUGAUUACAACGGAGUUUACACUUCAGGUCUUUGUCGUUUUAUUCUUUGCUGACUUAAGGUAAUGAAUGGAGACUGGGUUGACUGGAUCCAGCGUGGCCUAGCCUCCAGGUUGACACCCAGGGUGGGGAGUGGAACAAUAUUUAUUUUUUUAUUUUUGUAUUUUUUUUUUUUUAUGGGGAGGCUCCGCGCCGAGGUUCAUUCCCGUUUUCGCAAACAACCCUUUCCUAUGCCUUCUAUUGACAAAUGUACCCGUUUCACAUACCCCGUUUAGAACUUUGCAUUCCUUUUAACUGCUGGAGUACACUGUCUAUAAAAUAUGAACAAAUCACAAAACCAGACCGUUUUUUCGACUUUUCCACAGCCGUAAAAAGCAUAUGUUAGCCCUUUUGGCUAACAUAUUCAUUUUUUUGACCGUUAUGAUAACCUAAUAUAACCUUUCAUAUGCUUGGACAAGUGACAUCCCUACUCUUUCAUAUACUUGAAGCCUGAAAAAGGUACCCUCACCGGCGAAGCCUUUCCGUAUAGGCCAUCAAGGGAGUACCCCCUUCCCCGCUUGAUUUGACAUUGCAUUUUCUAGUAGCAGUCACUGAGUGAAAGUAUCUCAUCUUCCAUCAUUUCCCUCUGUUUCAGUACCCAUCAAUCGUAAUAUUCCUGAUGUCCAGCGGGAGGACGGUGAUCUAUGGCAGGAGGAUUCUUCGGUAGAUAUCAGCUGGGAUUCCGGAAGCAUCGGAGGCAAUGACGAUCAAGUCUCAAUCGAUUUAGCGCGUUAUAAAAUGGGCGAAGAUAGCGUCCCAGAGCUGGAUAGUUUUCAUACUGUAGUGGACUCGCAGUUGAAUACUGGUCACAGUCAGUUUGUCGUCACACAAGGCGAGGGAGAUGGGUAAGGGAGGUCGCCAUGGAGAUCUAUCUAAUUACGUUUUUUUUUAAACUGUGCAAGGUCUUUUACGACGGAGGAGAAGUCCCUACACAUCUACAUUGGAGAGAAUGUAUUGCAUGCAAUUUCUAGGAUACAAUAUAUGUAAAUCGUUUUAAAAGUUCUUCUCAUACUCUGAGCAGCGUAGUACAUACAGCACUUAACACAAAGAACAUACAACCAUUGUAUCAGAUUGUUGCUUAAAAGAGGUUGAAAAACGAAAAAAUUCCAAAACCAUCAUCCUGAAAAGUGGUUGCGGUCACUUACGAGAAGUGAACGUGCAUGGAGAUCGAGGUUCCAAUAUAAUUUUUCAGGUUUCGAAUUCUAGGUGAAAAAACUUGACACUUUAUCAAGUAAUUUCUUUCAAAUGUAAUUACCUGCAUGUUUUCUCAGUAACUAGCUCCGGGGGCUCCUUUAGCAUCCCAUCUCCGGAAAAGUCAUGUCCCAGCACUUAUCUGAGCUAAUAUUCUCACCUGUUUUGAUGACGUCAUGCUCUUCCGCACCUUUCAGAUGAGUUUUUUGUGCUGAGAAAAAAACGUAAGACGCUAACUCCCACCAACGGCGUCACCAAGAAAAAGGGAGGAGGCAGGCUUCUGUUUUUUUUUUUUCGUGGCCUAGCCCUUGCAACAGAGCAGCAAGACAUCCUUUUUUUGGAGAAAUCUCGCGAAGUGACAUAGUUCUCCUUCCUCUUUUUGUUUCAGAAACAUCGAAGAUCGUUAUGUUAACCUGGUUCGGAUAUCAAGGAAAGACGGCACAAACAAUGUUUCUCGGGCUCAGUGGGUGUGGAGUGAAUUGUUUGCUUGGAGAAAUGCACCUUGGGCAGAUGAGAGGUGCAAAAUAUGGCAUCAGAAAGAACCUAACCCCAACGAAUUCAAAGGUACCUUCCACUAUUUCUUGAUCAUCUAGUAUGAGUAAUGAUUGUCGUUAAUUUGUCGGAGACCCUUUGGACUAGUUUGGAACCUUAUGACGAGCUACAUGCAGCAUUUGGUGCUCAAGAGUUAGUAUGCAUUACAUUACAAAAGAGAGCUGUGCGCCUAAUUAACUUCGCACCUUUCCGCUCUCAUGCCGUCCCUUACUUUCUUCACUCUAAUAUUAUGCCUAUUACAAUGCUCUAUUUUAAGCUUUCUUCGAUGUUAAUGUUUGAUGUUUACAAUAACACUGCCCCUCAUAAUAUUUCACAUCUCUUUAUUCCUACUCAACAAAUCCACUCUUACAGCACUCGCUCCUCCUCUUCUGGAGAUUAUUACAUUAGCCGCUCUAGACUAAAUCAAAAAAAUGAUUCGUUUUCUAUUAUGGGAGCCAAAAUUUGGAAUAGUAUACCUGAAAAUUUACGAAAUUCUUCAAAAUCUCUCUUUAAGGAAAAAGUUCAUACAAUUCUGUUGAAAAUAUUUGAAGUUCAGGAUAGAUAUGCUGACCUAAACACGAUAAUCUCCGAUUUUAAAAACUAUUAGCCCCCGCUUAUCUAAAUAGCUGCCUCGAUUUUCUUGUCUCAAUUUCUCUCGUGACUGACCUUUUUUAUUAUAAAUAUGGUACUUUUUCACUUCAACUAUUCGUAAUAAAUCUUAAGCCGUCUACACACCACCUGCCUCGACUAGCCUUGCUAUUUGCAGGUGGUGUGAUAUUUGUAUAUUUAAUGUAAGAAAUAAAGAUGUUGUUGUUAAAGCUUGUUGUUAAAGCUUGCAUCACAAAUGUGGAUUUCUCUUAAUUCCGUCGCCCACCAUCUGUUUGUUUUGCUGCGUGCAAAUUUGACAAUCUGCUCCAAGGAAAAACUCGGUUUGACCUUCUUACAAUUUAUACUGGAUGUUGCUUAACUUAGAAUUAUGUUAUUUUUUGUGGCGCUUCGAUAGUAUUCCGAACCACCCCCCACCCCACCCCCCCAAAAAAGCGAAAGAAUGGGGAGGGGGCAUGUGAUGAAAGAGAUUCUUUUACUCGUUCCGUAUUUCUGUCCACAGACGAUCCCAGUAUGCAACCCUGUCCUAGGAGCAUAACCCAGGCUAUGGCUGAUCGCGGGCGUUUCAUGUCCGAUGAAGAGUGCAACCCGUCCAAUCGGGAUGGCUGCUCUCGCUUCCACGAAGGUGCCGUUCAUUGCUUUAAAAUGGUCAAUCCAAGGUAAUUCACUAGGAGAUCAGUAACCUUUCCAGUUUCUUGAAACAUGAACUGGAAAGUUAACAUAUUAGUAAACUGCAAUAUGAAAUUGUUCGUGUUUGUUUACAUAUAAAGCACCGGCGCUAAUCAAUCCUGGAUAAGGAACCGGUCGUCAUCGAAAGAUCGUCAUCGAAAAAGCUAACGCCGGAGACAGUGUUUUAAAAUCUUAACUGAUAACGAAGAAAGUUGUUAAAUUUGUUUUCCUUUGUUUUGUUUUGUUUUGUUUUUUUUUUUACUUUUCUUUUUUCGUAGAUUAGAUUUCAUCUUCUCCGUUUAUGUUCCCAUUAAAGAUUUUUUCGUCCUCUGAUCUUCUGUUCUCUACACUCAGUGGUACAUUCUUCUGUUGCUUUUUAGCGCAACGGGUGCUGGUCAGCAGUGUUGCUAUAACAACUUUGGUAACUUAAUGAUGGGUAAACCAAAUGCAGGCUCCCUUGAUCGAUUCCAUCCAAAUGCUGGUCUGCCUGUGAUAUCACACUUUUUCCAUGAUUUAGUGCCAUACCAGGACUGUUGUCGGUUGUCUGAUAGUUGCGACAAGUAUUAUGAGAAGCGGCCGUCGGAUGACGGGUCAAAGUACCAAGCCCCAAGACCUGGUAUGUGAACCAGCUCCAGGAAGUGACAUUCAAUUUGCUCUCACAAACGGGGAAAAAACUCCUAUGUAAAUUAAAGAGCAAUGUACAAUAGCAAAACACUAUCCUGAGUUCAAGUAGUUUUCCAUUCAGACACAGAACCUCGCUUUCCUUAGCAAACUGGCAUCCUCGUCGGCUUAUGAAAACCUCGAGUGAAAUGCUCUAGCCAAGAAAAUGACUUUGUGUGGUGUUGCGAAGCUCGGAGUAGAAUUACCUCCAAAGCCAGCUGUUUUUGUUUUUUGUGUUUGUUACGGGAUGUGUUGUUUUCUUUUCGAAAACAUUUUAUAGCCUUUUAUUUUGAAAGGGAAAAGUUGAGUAAUACCGAAUUAAGGUCAUGAAAAUUACCUGCUUCUUUCAGCCAUUUUAUCAAGUAUGCAGGCUUUCGAUUGGCUGUUUAAUCGGUUGAACCGAAACUUGUGACAAAUAGAGGGCUUCCUCGGUGAGUCAAACGGAAGUCAAAUCGUUGGGUUCAGUUACAACAAGAAUCACGAGUUCCAAUCCCAAUCAACCCUAUUUUCAGGUUUUUAUUUUAUUUGACGCUAUUUUUUUAUUCCCAAUGAUAAAAAAGUAUUACUCAUAAAUGGUAUCUUUUUAACACUAUAGCCACUGGUUUUGGUGACCCGCAUAUGGUGACCCUAGACGGCACUCCCUUCACAUUCAAUGGCUACGGCGAGUACUUUAUUUUAAAGGUUAGAGGGAUAAACUUUACACUACAGGGACGAAUGGAGCCUCUGAUUGACGACGAUGGAACAAAAACAGAUGCUACUGUUUAUACGGCGUUUGCGGGCAAAGAAUCCGGAUCAGAUACUGUUCAGGUCAGAGAUUAAUCAAUUCUAGACGGAGAACAGAUCAGUUUAGUCUGAAGAGGACCGAAACUUUCUCUGUUGACCUCCCUCAGUCUGCAGGUUAACUUGGCAUUCGGUUUCCCUCAACCAGCUUUCAUAGCUUUGUCCUUGCUAAAGAACACAUUUUUAAAGAAAUAUCACCAGACUUUUACAGUAACCGAUAGUUAUAAUCAGUACUUAUUCUGUGCACUGCAUCGUGAGUAAAUUACUCAAAAUAUUAAGGAGAUCAAGUUGGCCGGCUAAAGGUUUUAUUCAUUUCUCUCAUCUCCAGGUUCUUUUUUAUUUUCUUCGUAAAACCAAAAUGGAAUCGUAAAAAGCUAGGAUUAGGAAUAUAUCACUUAACAUUAGCCUGUAGCAAAAGAAAAUGCCCUGAAAGAUGACUCAAGGACAUGCCUGUCAAUGUAAAGAUCUAAGACUGAACAUUUUUGGAAAAUUUUGAAAAUAUUCACUCAUCGCGACGUGAUAGCUGCGACUUUCUAACAGCCUAUUUACGCUCUCUUACACCGCCAUGUUGUUCUGUCUUGCUUAAGCCUCUGAGCUGAAUGAUGACGUCACGAAAAUCUUGAUAUAUUACUUUGAAUCGCAAUGCAUUGUGGGAAGACAUUCACUCCUCCUCUGUCACUUUUACAUAGAUUCACUUAAAUGGGCGUGGACUGGUAGAUGUCCUGGUGAAUGCAGAAAUGGUCGAUUUUGAUGAAUUAUCCUUUUUGGAAUUCAACGGAGUAUCCGUGCUGAAGUACGUCAACACAUCCAAGUAUUCCGCCAUCUUUCAUUCCGGGAUCUCGGUAACUGUGGAAGGACAAACAGAACUGCUUGGUCUCGUGACGUUAGUGCCGACUAUGUUUAAAGGUACGAUACUUGGAUUUCUCGCGCUCUCAAAAAGAACCUGCUCCCAUUCUGUUAAAACAAACAAACCAAAAAUAAAGAAAAUUAUUUGUUUGUAUCGAUUCCUUUCUUGGGAGAAACUUAAUAAUUUUUUGUUUUGUUUCUGUACUUUUUACAAAGAGAAGGUAAGUGAAUAAAGUAUAAAUGACUAUUAAAAUGAAACUGAACAGUUUACCAGCUUUCAUGUAAAGUAAGUAAGUUUUAGAAAGGAAAAUAAAAUUUGACUCAAUUUAAUGUCAGGUAACACAAGUGGACUUCUAGGAUACUGGGACGACAGUCAAGAAUCGGAAUAUCUUAGACCCGAUGGAACGUUUCUGAAAACGAACUCUAGCCUUGAAGAGAUUCACAGGAAUUUUGGACAGCUAUGUAAGUAUUCUGUCCUCAAAAUUCUCUGAAAUAACUUCUUCACGUCAUUCGUAAAAAAGCCAGUUUUUGUAUUACCAUAGCAUGUACGUACACCUUAUUCAAAAAUGGCUUAUACUAAAGGACGAAUUUAUUGAGUGGUCUAGAUAUCUUGGUUCGUUCGUCAGCACAUGUCGAUCGGCGGCAUUGAGGGUUAAUUAUCAUAAGGACAAAAGAAUAUCUAAAUAUCACAUCAUUUUGGAACGACGCUUUUUUUGUGGAGCAAAAAGCAAUGCAAUGCAGACAAUUCAAAUUUGAUGCAAACGCUGUAUUAAGCUGAGAAAUGUGAAAUAUAGCAGAGGAAAAGCUGCAGAGAACUAAAUCUUAAGUAACAUUAAGUGUGGUACUCAUCAUCAUCAUCUUCAUCAUCAAAGUCAUUGUCGUCGUGAUCAUCGUCAUCACCAAACGUCAUCUUUAUCAUCAUCAUCAUCAUCAUCAUCAUCAUCAUCAUCAUCAUCAUCAUCAUCGUCAACGUCAACAUUAUCGAUCAUCGUUGUAAUCAAUUCGCUUGACGAUAAACCAGGUUAUUUAUUAAAGGCACCCUGAACGCUGGUGUGGACCUCCGUAUAGGGCUCCUUAUGGUACCCUUCAUUGUAAUCACACUGGCGUUUGCAUUUCUUAGAUAAAUCACUUUGAGAGUUGGGUUAAAGAGAGGAUUAUGUGUGAGAGAGUAAUAUGCAAAACUGAGAAUUUGUUACGUCAUCGCUUAAGGGGCUUUUUUUUUUUGAAGGGGUGACGACAGAAAACGAAUCCCUGUUUACCUACCAACAAGGCAAAAACCAUGGAAGUUAUUUCCACCCUGACUACACGCCGAUAUUUCCAGACAGUCAAGAACUGGUUUUUGAAGACAAAUCUUUGGAAGAAGAGGCCAAAGGAGUUUGCGGGGACAGUGCACAGUGCAUGUUUGACAUUUACACAACCAAGAAGGUGACGAUUGGAAAGGCCAGUAAAGAAACGGUGGAGCAGUUUGUCGCUGUUAUCAAUGAUACUGUUAAACCAGGUAGGGCAUGUUGAAUGUUUUACGAUACCAGACCUGCCAUUCCAUGAUUUUUUCAAAUUUUGACAUAAAUCAGUUGCCUAAAAUCCGUUCACACCGCUGAAAAAAUGCGCCUUAAAACUAGCAACGUUGCCACGUUUGGGAGUGAUUUGUUGAAAAACACUUACGAAGGUUUAACUCCGCAAAGUCACGAAAUUUUACAAACUUUUGUAUGAUGUAAAGUAGCCCUGACCCUAACUCGACCAUUAAAAACGCGACUUUGCGAAGGUUUAUCUUCGCUCGCUUUAAAUGUUCAGUACUACUUUCAUGCAAACUUGGCAAGUUUACUAAUUUUAAGACACUCUUUCUGGCAGUGGUUAUGGAUAUCUCCUAACUGGUCCCUAUCAAAAGUUGAAAAAACCGUGGAAGGGUCUGUUCUGGGACCUCUGAGCCGCAUCAUGGGCGCCGGGGGACUUAACCAGAAGCGAGGUUUUAAAUGUUAUCACUUAGAACCCCAAUUAAGGAGGUAGGAAUUCUAUAAAAACACUCACUUUCGGAAAUUCAUAUUGUGGCUUCCUCAAGAUUGUACUUUUAAACAUCUUUUUAUAGAUCUACUCACUCCCUUUUGUUUAAAAUGCUGCCAGUUAGCCUUUGUUGCUUGCAAUUAAUGAUAAUAUAUUUUCUUCUCACAUGGUAAUUCACUGGUCAGUCAACACAUGUAAACCAUGUUUCGCUUUUAAUUACAUCCAAUCAUAAUGUCGAUCCUUUAUGCGAACUCAAUUAGAUGCUGCCUUAAGAGCAACCGUAACAAAACCUGUCCUGUUUUUGCCUCGAGAUGCGCAAAUCAAAAGACCGGCACAAACACUGAAACCCUUUUUCGCACUACAAAGACUGUAAAGAAUCAAGUAACGUUGUUAUUUUUUUAGCUUGCGUGCCUUUGGACUCUGAACUCACAAAUGGCAUUGUACUGAGAAAUGACACUGAGAAUGGCAUUGAUUACAAAUUUACCUGCAAUAGAGGAUUCGUCAUGAACGGAUCGAAUCACGUAACUUGCAAAGACGGUGUCUACAAUGGAACAACCCCAAACUGCCUUCCAAAAGGUAAGAAAUAUUUCUACUUCUAUCGAUUGGACGAAUUCAACAACCCUACCGCUGGUAGAAAUUGCGUCCAAUUUGUGGCUUUCAGGUAAAAAGAAACGGUGCCUAGGUGAUCCAGUCGUUAGAAUAUACCGCAACUGAGAUUUUUAGCUUAUGUUUACGGCAAAGAGCAAACUUGAAGUAAACAGUUAGUCCUAGAAAAAUCUGGACAGUUACUCUUAUGGGUGAACCCUGCAUGAAACUUCUUAUUUUUGAGUAGAUGUAAUGAACUGUAACUGAAAAGUAAACGGAAAACUUGGUCACGUGGUUCAGUUGACGUAAACGUGAUUCUAGAUCUCUCCCUUUUCCCUUUCGCGCUUUUCUUGCCCUCUCCUCCCCUCCCCUCCCCUCCCGUUUGGGCUUCUGUCACACAAGCUAUCGAAAAUAACACAACAACAAUACCAACAAUAACAGCGACAACAGCAAAAACUUAUACUAAAUGCCGACGUGUGAUUUUUUUCCUUAUGCAGAGUGUUCCCCUUUUGAGUACGGCAACCCGACAAAUGGUCGCGUCGAAGGAAAUGGUCGUGUUUAUCGUUCAACCUAUCGCUUCAUCUGCAAUCAUGGUUACGUCCUAUUUGGUCAUGAUACCAUCACCUGCAUAGAAAACGGAACCUGGAAUGGGACAUCGCCAAGAUGCCUGAAAGGUAACAAACUUUGACAGUGUGGGUCGAGUAAGCUAUAUAACGAUUUUGGUGAGAUACGUCUUAGCUUGCAUUUUUUCUUGGUUUCAAAACAUUUUUGUGUAUAGCAUUGGUAAUUUGCUUUUAAUAAAUAGCCAAUUAACACAAACGGACGAAACGCCAGACAGAAUGAGCCACGAUAUUGCGAACAAUUGAAUCUCCUGUAAGCGACCAACAAAAUUUGUUUGUCGCUUACGAGAGUAGAACCACAGGGAAACCAUUUUUGAGUAGAGGCCGCGACAUACUUUUUGAAAGAUAUUUUUUUAGAUGCAGUUUCUCGUUUUCACUGCAAGUUCUUCGUUAACUAUGAGUAGCGUCGUACAUACAGCGAGCUCAGAGAUCAGAAAGUGACCAGAAAAAGUAGUCGCGGUCUUGUCGCGGUCACUUACGAAAGGUGGUCGUUUGCAAGCCUCCUUGGAGACCCAGGGGCAGAUAGUAGGAGCGAGAGAAAGUCUAAACUGGGAGGGGGGAAAUGGCGCGAAGAAAAAUAAAGAACGGUUUUCUUCGCGCAUUUUUUGCCCACCCGUUUAGACUAACACUAUCUGUCCCUUGAUCUCUGAGGAAGGUUUGCGAGAGCUAGCUGGGUCCAACAAUGAGGCUUUGACUGCCAACAUUUUUGUGUUUUGGAUAGAUGGUCGCUUAAUUAAAGGAGAGGUGGUCAAACAUGGAGGUUUUACUGUAUUAUUACAAACCAUACAGAAUGAUUUUUACGUUAGUGAUCCUAAUAGUUUGCAGUAUGAGCUCUCCAAAGCACAACUACAGCUCUAAUCAUGGGCUACCUGUGCACGAUACAUAUGAGUUGUCAAGGAAACUAAUCUGAGUCAGUAUGCUGAUUGUUUUUCGAUAAUCGCCGGCCCAGAAGUCUCCAAAAGUCCUUUGCUUUUUUUACAGAGUGUCCAGUACUUCCAUCGUCAUUAUCAAAUGGCAUUGUGUACGGUUCAGGCAACGUAGAAGGAGUAGUUUACAGAUUUAGCUGUCACGAUGGUUACGCCCUCGUCGGUUCAGAAAUUGUAUACUGCCGGGAAAAUGGACGCUGGAACGCUAGCGUUCCUUCUUGCUUGAGAGGUUUGUCUUCUUUUCUUUUUUGUUAUGUUGAGUCCAUGCAGAGGAGCCUGGAUAAGACUUUUAAACCCUCUAGGGUCUCGAUAUAUGAUACCGUAAAAUUCCGAAAAUAUGCCCCUUUUUUAAUAAGGUCCUUCGUGCAAGUUUAAGUCCCGUCAGCCUCCGCUAAAUUCGAAACGGAAAAAAGCUUCCCAUAACAAGCACUCUCGUACAGAAGCCCCCAUAUCAGAACCCACAACAUAGGGUAAGCUCAAACGUUAGUCUUGUCACUCGUUAGAUGCCCAUGAAAUACAACUGUCAUAUAUAGGUGGGAUGUUUCUUGGCGUUGCGAGCCCUAUUUUUGGCUAGCUGUUAUGCUUGAUGGGUUUGUUGUUCUGUUUGAAGCCAAUGUGCCAAUAUCAUCAUUAGCACCAAGUCCCUCGGUAUACAAGCCCCAUCGAUUCAAUUUCUGCAAACAAUGCUUAUUGUAUAACUUACAGUUUCUGUCAACAAAAACUGAUUGAGGGCAAAAUGUUUGCUAUAUUUUUAAUAUGUAAUGCCGGUUUCAAACAUACAGCAUGUACGUAACUACACUUUCCAUGGUCACUAACUGCAUUUGCUCUUACUCGCUGCAGCACACUGUCAUUACAAACUGACCUCUUUUUCCAUUACAUGGUUAGUAACAUCAUUAAAUGGUCAGUUUAAAAUGAAAAGACGAAGCUAGAUGACUUCAUGGUGAAUGUUUUAAUUGAUUCUAUUUUCUAUCUUCAUUUCAAGAAUGUCCAGCCCUUCCAUUAUCGUUAUCAAAUGGAUUUGUCAGUGGUAGGGGCACUGUGGAAGGAUCGCACUACCAUUUUAGUUGCAAGACAGGAUACUCAUUAGUAGGGGCAGGAACAUUAUACUGCAGCGAUCAAGGCAUCUGGAACGGUUCUUUUCCAACCUGUUUCAUCGGUAGGCAGCUUGCUUUUAGCUCUUAUGUUGUUAUUUAAGACUUACUGGACUCAACUAAAAAUGUUGAGGAUGGAUGAUUGCUGAUCAGCAUUAAUUGAAGACUAUUGCCUCGCGAGGCUGUCACUAAUGAGAUUGUUAGUGGCCAAUCGAUCUCCUUACAGAAAGUUAUUAAAAUCGUGAAAGCAAUUUACAAGAUUUUAAAGGAUUAAAGAAUCCUGUCACUCGAAGGUUGUAAGAGACUGAAAUGAAUUUACAUGGCGCGGAUUUGUCAGUCUAAACAUUGUAUGGACGUGGGAUGUGGAAUUUGUCCUUGCUAAGAUUUUUAAGCUUCUUUUUAAAAUUAAUUAAUUGAUUAUUUAAUUUAUUUAUUUAUUUGUUUAUUAUAUUUAGAAUGCCCAGAAUUACCUUCGUUUAUACCAAACGGCCAAGUUUAUGGCAGCGGUUCGAUACAAGGCUCCCUGUUCAGAUUCAGUUGUUUGGCCGGGUACUCUCUUAUUGGACAGUCUAAUACGUUGCUUUGCAACGCCGAUGGAAAAUGGAAUGCUAGCGUUCCAAGGUGUCUAAAAGGUAACUUUACAAAUUCAUGUCAUAAUAGAUCACCGUUCUCUGAUUCAGCCUCGCAUUUAGUAUCGAGCACGGCAUUCUUGGUGCUAAUACCUGAUGCAAAGGGAACUUUGAAAGUGUCUUAUUUUUCUUUGGUGCAGUUUAUCACUGGGAAUUGUCUAAGAGACCAGAAACACAUCUUUCAAUUAAGUGCUUAACGUAAUUAUCGUUACACUACGUCACGCUUAACAUAUUUCUUGUAAAGAUCUCUCUCCAAUCUUUUAAUUUGCGUUUGUUUUGCUUCAUCGUGGGGGAAGAUACCCACAUGUUGCGUGUAAUAUCACAGUCCCUUCUUAUUAUCAUUACGGUAAUGUUGGUACAUUACUUUUCAGAUUGCCCUCUUCUUCCAUCAUCCAUUCCAAAUGGUGUCAGCAAUGGAACUGGGUCGGUAGAAGGUUCUCACCAUUAUUUUACUUGUGACGAAGGAUUCUCAUUAGUGGGAAGAAACACGUUGUUCUGUAAUGACGAGGGUAAAUGGAAUGGCUCUGUACCUACCUGUGUCAUAGGUAAGCCGACAAGCCUGUUAAUUCUUGUUCUAAUUUGCAAAAAAAGGAUUAGUUCAAUGUUUAUUUCGCCCAUGUAAGGGAAUGCAACACAGUCUUGGAUUCUGGAUUCCUCGCCAUCGAUUCCGGAUUCCAGGUACUGAAUUUCCGGAUUCGUUGUUAGUGGAACAUCAAUCUCGUACCCAGAGUCUUCAGGCUUUUUGGUCUGCCUGACCAAAAGCUUGAAGACUCUGGGUACGAGAUUAGUCGGGAUUCCGGAGUACAGAUCCCCUUACACGGGGCGAUUUAUUAAUGGAGACUUUCUGGCAUUCCGCCAGGAGACCAACUUCAAGAAGGUUGACUGUAGUUGUGAUGUUUUUUCCACAGAGUGUCCUAAGCUCCCUUCAGCUAUUGAACAUGGCAUUGUCAAAGGUUCAGGCUACAUCCACGGCUCUCUUUAUAAAUUUAGCUGCCUCAGUGGGUAUUCCAUCGUGGGAGAAGAUAUUCUGUACUGUACAGAGAAAGGCAUGUGGAAUGGGAGUGUUCCUAAAUGUCUCAAAGGUAAAAAGAAGUGAUUCCAUAGUUAUAACAAGCAUUAUUAAAAAUUGGAAACUACGCACCUCGUUGGCUAUCUACCAUCACAUAUUCAACGCGCACUCGUGGAAUAAUUGUUAAUUAUCGGGUACAGCUUAAGGCCUAAUACACAAUAUCACAUUCCUUGCGCGUAUGGAAUUAUUACUUUCAUAGAGACUUCCACAAACCGAAUAUAUAUUAGCCCGAUUCCGUGAAUUUCGACAGCAAUGCCCUUCUGCUAUUAUAACCAAUGCUUCCAGACGUCUGUCGACUGUCACCCAGAAAUAAAUUUCCUAUGGGCAUAUGUACCUUAAAUCGAUAAAAGUAUUAGAAAAAGUGCAAAUGCAGAGAUCGAUUGUCAAUUCGUUGUACAGUGUCGAUUUCAGGGUAGCCUCCCACGCAGACGCGUUGUCAGGACUUUGUCACGCGUUCCUCUUCCUAAAAGAAGCCCUAACAACGUCUGCGUUGGAGACUUAUUCCAGGUCGGCCAUAAAUUCGGGAAAUUUUUACCCCAUGGAAUCGGGAAUCCUGCGCUUUGGAAUCCAGAAUACAGCUAAAGAAUUGGAAUCCCACUAACGACUGGAAUCCAGAACCUGGAAUCUGGAACCCAUGGUAUGGAAUCCAGAACCCAAGACUGUCUUCUUGGAUUCCAUUACAUGGGGCGAUCCAGGGCAGUAGAGCACAAUAAUACACACGCAAUGAAGUCAUAGUUUACCUCGAGGAUGGUCUCUUAGGUAUGGUUUUAGCAACGAUAGGAUUUUGUGUCUUAGUUAAAUAUACUGAAUGUUUUUGUCACAGAAUGUCCCAGCCUUCCUUCAUCCAUAGCACAUGGAUUUGUCAACGGCAGUGGCUAUUUGGAAGGAUCCAAACAUCACUUCACAUGUGGCAGGGGAUAUUCACUUAUUGGAGUUGACACGCUAGUCUGUAGCGAUACCGGUGCUUGGAGUAGUCCUCUUCCCAAAUGUCUUAUAGGUAUUAAAAACUUUCGCUCUUCUUAGCUAGACCUAGCGGACGUGGCAAAAGUUUGUCCACAGAAAUGGUGAAGUUUUGGGAACAAUAUUCUAGAAUCUAAAGUAUAAAACAAACCAGGAAGUGCUAAAAAAACGUCUCUAUGCAUAUUAAGUCACUCACAGUUAAUGCAUUUGUCUCAAACAAGUUAUGCUUUAAGUUUAUUCCUUCAGAUGAAAAUACGUGUUGAUUAAGCACAGUAUUAGCAUGCAAGUUCACGAAGAAAUAGGAAUAUUAACAUCAAUAUCCCCGCUGCCAUUUAUAUCUUCUAAGAAUGCCCUUCACUUCCUCCGUCUAUAAGACAUGGUUUCGUCAAUGGCACUGGAUCAGUGGAAGGUUCUCUUUAUACCUUCAGCUGCAAGUAUGGAUACUCUCUUGUUGGUAAAAAGAACUUGUACUGCAACGCAGAGGGGAGAUGGAAUGCAAGUAUUCCCAUUUGUUUAAAAGGUAAUUACAAAGUUAUCGUGUUGGAAUUUGAUGCGAUCAUUGCAAUGCUGAUAAGUAAUUAAUAAAUUUCUAAUGCGUCUUUUGACAUAGAAAUAAUCAAACGCUUCGUGUAUUACGCAAUAUUUACUAGUCAGAGUAAUCAAUAAUAGAAAAUAUCUAUAGGUAAUUUUAGCUAAUAAUGCUGAAAAGAACAAUUUCAAUCUUAGUAGAACGAAUGACUGGAUAUCUUUUAAGGAAGGCUUAUUCUGCGAGACACAACUCCUAAUGGCCUGUCCAAAGUCCUCAAACAAACUCCACAAACUAUAUCUAUUUUAGAUUUUUUUGCAGUUUGCAAACAAACCAGGCACAAGUCAACUGCCCCUCUGUGGACUGUAAAAAGAUGUGAAGAUAACAUAACACUGUAACACGUUUCGUUUAAAUAAUAACUCUUAGAGAUGCGAGAAUCAUCUUACAGUUGUUAAAUUGAAGACGAGAUACAAACCUUACUAGUUGAAGGAAAACCCCCAACAAAUUUGACAAGAAUGUAACGUUUUUGUAGAGUGUCCAGAACUUCCUUCGUUGAUAGCCAAUGGUUUCCUCAACGGUUCAGGCGCCCUGCAUGGUUCGCUUUACACUUUCAAGUGUCAAGAUGGUUAUUCCCUCGUUGGUCACGAACUCCUGUACUGUACAGAAGAAGGGAAAUGGAAUGCUAGUGUUCCCGUUUGCUUAAAAGGUUAGGUCUGUUCUCUACUUGUUUUUCAAGUCAAUUCCGCUAUCUCGUGAAAAACAUCUUGUUAAACAGCUAAUCAGGGUUCGUACAGGUCAUGGAAAACCUGGAAAGUCAUGAAAUUUAAGAAGUUCAUUUUGUAGGCCUUGAAAGUCAUAGAAUUCAAUUGUCGGUCAUGGAAAGUUGAAGUAAUGUUUGGUAGAUUAAUUACUGCAGAGGUCAAAACGAGGACAAAGUAAGAUAGAGACAACUAAUUAAACAACUCAAAUGGCAGACAAUUUGGUGGACGUCAACCUUGUCAUAUUGUGACGAUGCAAACUCCUCUUUCCUCAGAAUGUCCUAGUCUGCCUUCUUCUAUAAGUCAAGGGUUCAUCAAUGGCUCUGGAUCAGUGGAAGGUUCUCUUUAUAGCUUUAACUGCAAGCAAGGAUACUCUCUUGUGGGUGAAAAGAACUUGUACUGCACCGAAGAGGGGACAUGGAAUGCAAGUAUUCCCAUUUGUUUAAAAGGUACUUUACAGAGUCAUCGUUUUGGAAUUUGAUUCGAUCAUUGCAAUACUGAUAAGUAAUUAAUAAAUUUCUAAUGCGUCUUUUGACAUAGGAAUAAUCAAACGCUUCGUGUUCAUGUAUUACGCAAUAUUUACUAGUCAGAGUAAUCAAUAAUAGAAAAUAUCUAUAGGUAAUUUUAGCUAAUAAUGCUGAAAAAAACAAUUUCAAUCUUAGUAGAACGAAUGACUGGAUACCUUCUAAGGAAGGCUUAUUCUGCGAGACAGAACUUCUAAUGGCCUGUGCAAAAUCCUCAAACAAACUCCACAAACUAUAUCUAUUUUAGAUUUUUUUUGCAGUUUGCAAACAAACCAGGCACAAGCCAACUGCCCCUCUGUGAACUGUAAAAAGAUGUGAAGAUAACAUAACACUGUAGCACGUUUCGUUCAAAUAAUAACUCUUAAAGAUGCGAGAAUCAUCUUACAGUUGUUAAAGACGAGAUACAAACCUUACUAGUUGAAGGAAAACCUCCAACAAAUUUGACAAGAAUGUAACGUUUUUGUAGAGUGUCCAGAACUUCCUUCGUUGAUAGCCAAUGGUUUCAUCAACGGUUCAGGCGCCCUGCAUGGUUCGCUUUACACUUUCAAGUGUCAAGAUGGUUAUUCCCUCGUUGGUCACGAACUCCUGUACUGUACAGAAGAAGGGAAAUGGAAUGCUAGUGUUCCCGUUUGCUUAAAAGGUUAGGUCUGUUCUCUACUUGUUUUUCAAGUCAAUGCCGCUAUCUCGUGAAAAACAUCUCGUUAAACAGCUAAUCAGGGUUCGUACAGGUUAUAGAAAACCUGGAAAGUCAUGAAGUUUAAGAAGUUCAUUUUGUAGGCCUUGAAAGUCAUAGAAUUUAAUUGUCGGUCGUGGAAAGUUGAAGUUAUGUUUGGUAGAUUAGUUACCGCUGAGGUCAAAACAAGGACAAAGUAAGAUAGAUAUAGGUGAUAAAACAACUCAAAUGGGAGACAUUUUGGUGGACAUCAACCUUGUCAAUUGUGACGAUGCAAACUCCUCUUUCCUCAGAAUGUCCUAGUCUGCCUUCUUCUAUAAGUCAAGGGUUCAUCAAUGGCUCUGGAUCAGUGGAAGGUUCUCUUUAUAGCUUUAGCUGCGAGUAUGGAUACUCUCUUAUGGGUGAAAAGAACUUGUACUGCACUGCAGAGGGGAGAUGGAAUGCAAGUAUUCCCAUUUGUUUAAAAGGUGCGUAAUAAGGGAUAAUCCCUCUGAAUUUUCUCCUCCAUCACCUCACAACCACCACCACCACCACAAAGAAAACGCCUACAUUACUGGCUCAAAUGCAUUUUCGUCCUCGUAAACGAGAUAUUUACGUAUAAAAAGGUUCAUUCGGUCCCCACUGUACUACUACAUGCCCUCUAAGUGAAGACUAUGUUUUGAUGAAAGUUCUCGUGAAAAGAAAAAAAAACUCCGCGAAAAAUGCUCCUUUGUCGCGGCUGGUAAGAUCGAUUGUUUUAAUGGGGCUUUGUGUUUCAAUACACACAACCGGAAUAUACAUAAUGAAGGCUAGUAUGGCCUACGUAUGGCAAGAGUGUACUUGGCUAAUGAAAUUUCGAUCAUUAAAUCUUUACCAUCGUUCAAUCCCAAAACAGAAGCAUGAAACUCAUGCACAAUAUCAAACAAUUAGAUAGGGGUCCCAAAAAAGGCCUAGAGGCGAUCUUUUUUUAAGCUCGUUGGGGACCUGAAACUCUGCUAGCUUUUGGCGGCUGUUGAGUGAGUCUGUUAAGUAUAGCCAUUCAAAGAUUUACAGCAACAGGUGCUUAGCUAUACUAAAAACGUAUUACUCUGAAUCCACGGGCGUCUUUUUAUUGUGUUAUAUAUUGUAAAAGGUUUUUGCCUUUGUGCUGAUUUUAUAGUACUUUUUUCUUUUUCCAGAUUGUCCCACCCUUCCCUUAUCUUUGCCAAAUGGAAUGGUGAGUGGUACGGGCUCCGUGGAAGGAUCUUAUUACUAUUUCAGUUGCCAAAAGCACUACUCACUUCUUGGGGCAAACACUUUGUUUUGCAACGAAAAGGGAACGUGGAAUGGUUCUGUUCCAGCAUGUUUUAAAAGUAGGUAAUCGCUAAUUUCAUAACCAGCAGUAAUAACAUUUUAAACACGGCUUACGCACGCGCGUCUUUCUGUUCUGAUAGAGUGCUCUUGAGAAAGUGUUGAGAAAAAAGGAACGUUUAAAAAUCACCAAUAAAACGCGAUUUUCCAUUUGUAACCGCGCCCUCAAUAGUUCGGCAAAACUUUUAUAGCGGUGCGCCAUGGCCAACAAAAUUUGGUUAUCUAUCCAUCCGAGAAGUUUAGUUUUCUCGUAACCGUACGACUAUCCGCCCGCUACAAGUAAACCAAUGUGGAAUGUCACACAUAAAAAUAUUAAGUAUAGUAUGCUUCUUAUAUCCUUACCACGCCAUCCAUAUCAAAGACGUUAAUUAACGCCGUCAAAUAGGGAAUCCAAUGAACUUUUAAUUUAGGCACUGUUUGAAAGAUCUCUUUCCCUGUAUUAUUUAAGUUGUAGAGUUAUCUGUGAGCGUUGUUGUGGAGGGAAUGUGUUAAGCUAGCAGGGGCAAGAAAGAGCGGGGCGCUGGAGGGAGGCACGCGAGCGCCCCGUUCUUCCUUUCGCCCAUAUACAUUACUUCCUUGCGCUAGCUACGCAGGCUAGUGUUGCAGAGGUUUCCACUUUGAUAAUAUGUUGUAAUAAAUCUACUAGAUUGUCCAGAAAUAAACCAGACACUUGAACAUGGGCACAUGAAUGGCAGUGGAUCCACUUUUGGGACAACAUAUAGCUUCUAUUGUGAUGAAGGUUAUGAAAUGGAUGGGCAGAGCACUGUAUUCUGUGAUGAGCAAGGUCAAUGGAAUGCUACUAUUCCUGUAUGUUCAAGAGGUAAAUAAUUCAGUUCUCUAAUUACCACAAAAACUUAGAACGCACAUCAAGAAAAAAAAACAUCGCGCGGAAUGGCUAUUGCAGAACAAAGACAAAAAGGCCAUGCAAGGCGAGAUAUUGUUUAUUCCCGCUUUGUUUCCUCAUAUCUCAUGUUAAAUGACUUAGUUAAGGUGACACUUGACGGUUCCAAGAUAAACUGGUAAGCCUUUAAUCCUCCAAGUUUCCCCAACUAAAUUAACGACACUUUCCAGAUUGUAUCGAGAUUUGGAAUGCCCCCUUUGGAAAAAAGGGGAAAACCGGAGUACUUGGAGAAAAAUCUCUCAGAGCAGAGAAAACAACCAACAACAAACUCAACCUUCAUAUGGCGUCCAGGCCGGCACUCCAACCCGGACCACUUUGGUGGAAGACAAGUCCUCUCACCACGGCGCCAUCGCUGCUACCCCUAAAAUGUUUAAAUGGUUAUAUGAACGCCGCCCUGCUCCCCAGCUGGUUAUUUUGGUUUUUAGUUUGUUCAUCUUCUAAACUGAGUUAUAUUAGGUGUAUUGCAAAGCUAAGAUUAACCUGCGAUCAGGUUAAUCUUCUUCCCUUUUGUUUCGCGCUAUCCCCGAAAAAAAUCGCCUGAUCGCAAGUUAAGUUAAGAAAUGCUGGAACGCUUUCCAAAUUUUGAUAUUGAGAGCAAUUUUGCUUUUCUCCAGUGCAUGUAGGAAAAAUAGCAAAGAAAACGGCAUGGUACGUAGUUCCAUUUUCUGCCACGAGUGGCCUUGUAUUUAUUAUCAUUGCUACCGGAGUUGUGAUCCUUUUGCUGCGUCGAUGGAGAUCAACGAGAAAAAGCGAAGAACCCAUGGACGGUGAAGAAAUGGAGAUGAACGAACAGGCGAUAACUCCAAGGAAGACUAAAGUGAGGUGGGAAUGUUUGCCAAUCUUAAAAACAUCUAAGGAAGCCCCAACAGUGGUGUGAAACAAGCCCCGCCAUUUAUUCAUUCUUGGAAGUCUGCAUGGGAACUACUAAUUAAGUUAUUUAGGGGCACUCGAGAGGUACUAGCGUUGCUCCAUGUUCUCAAAAUGCUCGGGACUAUCCAGAUUUUAGCCAAAGAAAUAUAUAGACAAUAUUGUAUCGCACUGGGCAAAAAGAGAAUGUUUCCCGAAUGCAUUGUGUAGUACCUCCACUUGAGAAACUCAUUGUAAGAGGCGUUCUUGGUGAGGAUAAUAUGGUAUUCAGCCUUUUUUUCCUAUUAUAUCGCCAAAGGUAACAGUUUAUUACCGGGGUAAAAAUCAAACUACACUAGAAGUGUCACUACAGCGCUGACUUAGAUUAGAUACCAUAUCCUUCAUCAGCCACAUUAAAACCUUACCACAAUAACGGGGAAGCGUCACGG